AUGACGAUGACCCUCUGUGUCCGGUUCCCGAUUCAUAACGAGGCGGUCGAGCAGAGGUUCCCGCAUGCACAAACAUCGGUCGAGCAGGGGCUCCCGAUUCACAACGAGGCGGUCGAACAGGGGUUCCCGCACACACGGACAUCGGUCGAGCAGGGGCUCCCGAUUCACAACGAGGCGGUCGAACAGGGGUUCCCGCACACACGGACUUCGGUCGAGCAGGGGUUCCCGAGUUCUAGCGAGGCGGUCGAGCAGGGGCUCCCGCAUACACACACAACGGCCGAGCAGAGGCUCCCGAUUGUAACCGAGGUGGUCGAGCAGAGGCUCCCACAUACAUCUAAGGCGGUCGACUACGGGCUCCCGCCUCUUAUUGACAAGAAUGGACGGGCUGUGGACUUAAAUGUGAACAACAUGGUGGUGACUGGGCCAACAAGUCUAGCGAGGGGUAUGUCAUUCUCCAGCGAUAGCGAUGUGUUAGCCUCGAGCAGUGGCUCAAGACGCAAGAGAAAGCGUAAACGCAAGAAAGGUGCACGCCGAUCACCAAGACGACGAAAUUCUCGCUCAAGCGCCGUUGACGAUGAUGCCGUAGUGACGGAAUCCGUAUGA